GUGACGUCACGGCGCCGUGUAUCAAGGUUCUAGAACGCCGUGUCGCGAUUUUCUUGUGUCUAAACAUUCGGUAGCGGCUGGUGCCGGAGCGGCCGGGCCUGACGCUGGGGGGCCGUGGCAGGAACAUCCAUGCCCUCGCCCGCCUCUCCUCCUGCCUGCCAGCCAUGUCAUCGGCCGGAGCGGGCAACGGAAGCGGCAAAGCCGGCAGCAAACACACGGCAUCUUCUCCGGCCCCGAGCGGCCUGUCGACGGCGGCAGCAGUCGCAGCCGCCGCUUCCCCUUCUGCCGUGGCUGCCGCUGCCGGCGGCUGCGGGACGGCGGCGAUUCUAGGCGCUGGUGUCUCGUCUCCCCCGCCGCCUCUGCACCCUCACCAGGCGGCGGUGGCCGCUGCUGCAGCCGCCGCCGCCGCCGCUGCCCAGGAGCUAACCUCACUCUUCGAGUGCCCUGUCUGCUUCGACUACGUGCUGCCGCCCAUCCUACAAUGUCAAGCCGGCCAUCUGGUGUGCAACACCUGCCGCCAAAAACUGACCUGUUGCCCGACAUGUCGAGGCUCCCUCACCCCCAGCAUCAGGAACCUGGCAAUGGAAAAAGUGGCUUCGGCCGUUCUCUUCCCAUGUAAGUACGCCUCGACGGGAUGUUUGCUGACUCUCCACCACACUGAGAAGCCCGACCAUGAGGACGCUUGCGAGUACCGGCCCUACUCUUGCCCCUGCCCCGGCGCCUCCUGCAAGUGGCAGGGUUCGCUGGAGCAGGUGAUGUCUCAUUUGGUCCACGUGCACAAGAGCAUCACCACCUUGCAUGGCGAGGACAUCGUGUUCCUGGCCACGGACAUCAACCUGCCCGGUGCGGUGGACUGGGUCAUGAUGCAGUCUUGCUUCGGCCGACACUUCAUGCUGGUGCUGGAGAAGCAGGAGAAGUACGAGGGCCACCAGCAGUUCUUCGCCAUCGUGCUGCUGAUCGGCGCCCGCAAGCAGGCCGAGAACUUUGCCUACCGGCUGGAGCUGAACGGCAACCGGCGGCGGCUGACCUGGGAGGCCACACCGCGGUCCAUCCACGACGGAGUGGCCACGGCCAUCCUCAACAGCGACUGCCUGGUCUUCGAUGCCGCCAUUGCCCACCUCUUUGCCGACAACGGCAACUUGGGCAUUAAUGUCACCAUUUCGACCUGCUGCUCGUGAUAGAUAAGUGCUGAUGGUGUUUUUUUGUGGUGACUCAAUGCUAAUUAUUUUUGUCUAUCUUCUCUGUAGAUUAGACAUAAAUUCAUUGUGGAGCUUUACUGACUGUGCCAAUUUAUUUAAAUUAUGUUGCUAUGAUAGCCUUUUUAAAUAAAUAUAUAUUUCAGAAUG